CAAUUGAACCGGAACAACCCAGACAGCAGAAAAACCGGUUUGAGCUUAUAUAAUAAGUACACUGCCUCGCUCAUGACUCAGUAGUCAGUUACACUGAGUCAGCGUUUGCUUCUUCUUCUCCGUCCGUUUAUCCGAUCCGCCAAUUCCACCCCAAAAGGUUUCUAAAAGUAUUUGACUUUAUACAAAUGGGUCGUGGGAACAGCUGUGGUGGAGGUCAGAGCUCACUCAACUAUCUCUUUGGUGCUCCUCCUGCUCCUAAGCCUGCUCCAGCUCCUCCUGCUGCACCAGCUCCGGCAGCUGUGACUGCAGCAACCGCACUCGCUACCGCUGCAACUACUGUUGAGCCAGCUGAGCUCAACAAGCAGAUCCCUGCUGGUAUCAAAACUCCUGUUAACAACUAUGCCCGCUCUGAAGGACAGAACACCGGAAACUUCCUCACUGACCGUCCUUCCACCAAAGUUCAUGCAGCUCCUGGAGGUGGAUCGUCUCUGGAUUAUCUCUUCACUGGUGGCAAGUAAACAGAAACCAAAAACAUUCUGCCUAAUGCAAAUGCGUAUCCAUUGUGUCUCUCUUUCACUAUAAAACUGUUUGAUGCGAGCCUUUAAAUGAUAAACAAGUCAGUUUCUUGUCAACCUGUAAUAAUCUGCUGAAUCAUGUUCAAAUCAUUUGAGUCAUAAACAUCCAAUGCAAGUUCAACUAAAAUAACAA